GCUUGUUGCGCCUUGGCGCAACGGAAGAGGCGGCCGGCCGAGGGAGCGCCUCUGCUCCGGCUGAACUGCCGCGGAGGAGGAGGAGAGGAGUUCAGCGCUGGGGGGUCGGCUAGGGCGGCAGCAGUGGCUGCUGUGCAUGGGAACGGGCCGGUUCGGCGCGCCCAUGGAGCGCCACGGCAGAACCGCCGCCACAUCAGCCCCAUCAGCCGGGGAGCCGGAGCUCGGAGGCGCCGAAGAAGGGCGGCGGCGGGAGCCACUGCGGCGCCGAGCGAGCAGCGCGUCGGCGCCCCCGGUUGGGGCCUCAGCGGAAGGCGCGAGGCGGGACCGGCCCGGCUCCUACAGCGGUCCUGCCUCCGUCUCCCGCCAGCGCGUCGAAAACCUCCGCAAAAAGCGGCCGCUUUUUCCAUGGUUUGGCUUGGAUAUUGGUGGAACUCUGGUCAAACUGGUUUAUUUUGAACCCAAAGACAUCACUGCUGAAGAAGAAGAGGAAGAAGUGGAGAGUCUUAAAAGCAUCCGGAAGUACCUGACCUCCAAUGUGGCAUACGGGUCCACGGGCAUUCGGGAUGUGCACCUUGAGCUGAAGGACCUGACUCUGUGUGGACGCAAAGGCAAUCUGCACUUUAUACGCUUUCCCACUCAUGACAUGCCUGCUUUUAUUCAAAUGGGCAGAGAUAAAAACUUCUCGAGUCUCCACACGGUCUUUUGUGCCACUGGAGGUGGAGCAUACAAAUUUGAGCAGGAUUUUCUCACAAUAGGUGAUCUUCAGCUUUGCAAACUGGACGAACUAGAUUGCUUAAUAAAAGGAAUUUUAUACAUUGACUCAGUUGGAUUCAAUGGGCGGUCACAGUGCUACUACUUUGAAAAUCCUGCUGAUUCUGAAAAAUGUCAGAAGUUGCCAUUUGAAUUGAAAAAUCCAUACCCCCUGCUUCUGGUGAACAUUGGCUCAGGAGUUAGCAUUUUAGCAGUAUAUUCCAAAGAUAAUUACAAGAGGGUCACUGGUACUAGUCUUGGAGGAGGAACUUUUUUUGGUCUCUGUUGUCUUCUAACUGGCUGUACCACUUUUGAAGAAGCUCUUGAAAUGGCAUCUCGUGGGGAUAGCACCAAAGUGGAUAAACUAGUGCGAGACAUUUAUGGAGGAGACUAUGAGAGGUUUGGACUGCCAGGCUGGGCUGUGGCUUCAAGCUUUGGAAACAUGAUGAGCAAGGAGAAGCGAGAGGCUGUCAGUAAGGAGGACCUCGCCAGAGCGACUUUGAUCACCAUCACCAACAACAUUGGUUCCAUAGCAAGAAUGUGUGCUCUUAAUGAAAACAUUAACCAGGUGGUAUUUGUUGGAAAUUUCUUGAGAAUUAAUACCAUCGCCAUGCGGCUUUUGGCAUAUGCUUUGGAUUAUUGGUCCAAGGGGCAGUUGAAAGCACUGUUUUCGGAACAUGAGGGUUAUUUUGGAGCAGUUGGAGCACUCCUUGAGCUGUUGAAGAUUCCCUGAUUGUCACCUGGGAGGGCUUCCUGAAUCCUUCCACGAUGGGAUUUGUGGACUUUUUUUUUAAGAGACUUAUCCAGUUUUAUGAUUGUUUACUACCUGAAUCAAAGUGAGAAAUAAGAAGUGUAUUUUUCUAAGUCAUCAAGAUAAAAAUUCCGUCUAAACUAGCAGCAGUAAGCAAAAAUACAUUAAAAACAAAGUGGACCAUGUCCAGGCAGUGUGAGGGUUUGCUGUCUUCAGACUGCUCUUCAGUAUAGUCCUGUUAAGCUUGUGGUGUGCUUUGAAAUCCCAGCAUCAUUCCCCGAAGAUGCUCCAGGAGAGCUGUCUUGUGCUCCUGCAUUUAGCUGAGUGGCUGAAUGCAAGUCAAGCUGCUGUGUUACAGUCUAAUCACAGUUUUGUCAAAAUGACCUUGGAGAUCAUCCGUGCAUUAUUGGUUUGCAUGUAGUCUUUGUGUGAGCAUACUCGAGAAUGGUUUAUCUCAAGGUUCUGUGAACUUUUAACUGGGCAGGCUAAUUUUUUUUCUUUUUUAAAGAUAAGCAUCUCACUGUGUAGCCCAGACUGGCCUUGAACUAACAGCAGUCCUCCUGUCUCAGCCUCCCAAGUGCUGGGAUUGCCCUGGUUGGGGCAGGUGAAUAAAUCUGUACCCCAAAUUUGACAAGUAGUUUUUGGGAGGGCAUUUCUCGUUACUUUACAUUGAAAAUAAUGAGGACUUCUGGGUGGAAAGAUAAGACUUCUCACACAUUUUCUUGGGUAAUGAAUGGAGUUAGUGACUUGAAAGUUGUGAGCUAGUAGAAGAAACACAGCCCAAAAGAAUGACACCAGAUCAAAGGGCUGCUAGAAUUGCCAUGGGUGUGUGUGCAUGUGUGUGUGGGGGGGGCACAGGGCAGAGUACUUCCAGGCCAGUAGCAAAGGGGGAAGUAUGGAGUCGACAGAGGAACUCUUAGGGUGGGGGUGGGGACGAGGGUGGGGUGCUCAGGCUCUGGUGACAAGUCUCAGAAGACUGAUGGGCUGUGAGGUGGUUUUGGGAAGGGCUGAACCUCUGUUUUCUGCUGUGCAGAAUAAAAAGCCUUCUUGGA